AGAUUACUUUCAACUCUUUACUUCAUGUUUUCUGACAUAGACCCCAAGAUCUGUAAUUGUCUUAGAGAAACUGUGUGGGCUUAGAUGGUACUUUGUAGUUCAUUUGGCUUCUUCUUCUUCUUCUUUUUUUUUUUUUUGCCUGUCUCUCUUUGGGGCUGGAGAGCUGGUGUGUCUCUGUGUGUGUUCCUCUAGAGUGCCAAAAAAAAAAAAAAAAAAAAAACAUGCUGAAGAGUCCUAGGGAGAUGAGGCUAUUUUUGUUUGAAGCUGAUACUUCUAGCUGAGCCACAAGUGCUGCUUGGAAAGGGCUUAGGUUGAUUCCAGGGGGAGAACUCUGCAGAGGAGAGGCAAAGUUCAACAGGACAACAAAGAAGCAGCAGAAACAGCCAGGAAAAAGAAGAGCCCCCAGGUUUUGACACAGAACCCUCUACCAGAGUUCUCAAAUCCCCAAAUAGUCUGCAAAGUGCUACUUGACGGGAACUUUUCAACUGACAUUUACUUUUGACGACCACCAUGACUGAGAUCACUGCUGAAGGAAAUGCAUCUACAACCACAACUGUGAUAGACAGCAAAAAUGGAUCUGUGCCCAAAUCCCCUGGAAAAGUACUGAAGAGGACAGUCACAGAAGACAUAGUGACCACGUUCAGCUCUCCUGCAGCCUGGCUUCUGGUCAUUGCCCUGAUAAUCACGUGGUCAGCAGUUGCCGUGGUUAUGUUUGAUUUAGUGGAUUACAAAAACUUUUCAGCAAGCUCUAUUGCCAAGAUUGGCUCGGAUCCUUUAAAACUUGUACAUGAUGCUGUGGAGGAAACCACGGACUGGAUCUAUGGCUUCUUUUCUUUGUUAUCCGACAUAAUCUCAUCUGAAGCUGAUGAAGAAGAUGAUGGUGACGAAGACACUGAUAAAGGAGAAGUAGAGGAGCCUCCCUUGAGAAAAAAAGAAAUCCACAAAGAUAAGACUGAAAAACAAGAGAAACCUGAAAGGAAAAUACAAACUAAAGUUACACACAAAGAAAAAGAAAAAGUAAGAGAAAAAGAAAAACCUGAAAAGAAAGCAACUCACAAGGAAAAAAUUGAGAAAAAAGAAAAACCAGAAACAAAGACAGUGGCAAAAGAACAGAAGAAAGCUAAGACUGCAGAAAAGAGUGAAGAAAAGACUAAAAAGGAAGUGAAAGGUGGAAAACAGGAGAAAGUGAAGCAAACAGCUGCAAAAGUAAAAGAAGUACAAAAAACACCAUCAAAACCCAAAGAAAAGGAGGACAAAGAGAAAACAGCUGUGUCAAAGCAUGAACAGAAAGGUAAACAUUCAGAGCAGGAGGCUGCCAGAGGUUCUAAGAGAAUAUUGGGCAAGAAGCACAUGCAGUGAAAUUAAAAGCUGAGAAAGACCAAAACCAGACUUCAAACGGGGGUAAAAGACAUUAAAGUAAAUAUAUCAGAAAGGAAAUACAGUACAUUGGAAAUUAAUGUUUAUUUAUAAAAAUACUAAAAUGUGUUCACAUAUCUAAAGGGGCAUUUUGAAAUAUUUUUAAAAGGGGUUUGGAGGUAGCAUCCAAAAUCAUAUAAAGAUUAGGGAUAAAUGUUGAAUUUUUGAGAUAUAGAAUGUCUAUUAAGAGGUGGAAUAAAGAUUGCAUAUGUCGUACUCUUUGGAGGAAAGUGGUCCCCCAAAAUGACAGCAAUUCCUAAGGAGUUUGUUAAGGGGCACAUGUUGGCAUCAUAUAGAGUAAAUAUCAUAAAAACUAUCCAUACAUUACUGUUGCAUUGGCAAGAGCACAUCAUUUAGAAUAUACAUCAAAUUUUUAAAUUUAUUUAAUAGGCAAGAUGUUAUAGAGAAGACAGCUCUCAAGAUUCUUUUUCAGUUUCCAUUGACUAAAUUUCUAACUUUAGAAAGCUCUGAAUGUGACAUAUUGUGCCACUCUUCAGCAAGAGUGAUGUCAAACUUACAUCCCCACUUUGCGAAAAUAUAGCACUUAAAUGCAGGUGGAAUAUAAACCUGAAUUUUUUUUUUUUUAUGGAAGGUUGCUAUGUGAAUAUACAGAGCUGAAGGUUUAGGAGGGCAACUAAGGGUCUUAUUGUACCACAUCUCUGGCACUCGUUGACUCUUUCUUUUCCUAAGUCCAUUCCUGACUCCAGGUUGCUAUAUAAUCCUGAGACUCCUUUACAGAAUACGGGCAUCUAAUAUGUAGGGACUAUUUCUAUAACUGAUGUUUCUUAGAGGCAUUGCAAAACCAAAUUUUUCUUUACUUUGCAGAACUUUUGGUUAAUGUUAUCUAAGGACUGUGUCAAAGAAUUGGUUUCUAUUAGAUUUUAGUUUAAGACAUCUUACAAUUUUGUUACAGAGCAAGCUAUUUAGAGGAUGAAACUGAAAUUAAUUUUUCUUCAUUAUAAGGGACAAGGGAUGAAAUUUGCAAUCCGCUCAUACUGUAUUUUCAUCUUUUUUCUCUUGAAUUUGCAUUUGUAAACGAUUCACAUGUAGUAUUUGUCAACUCUGAUUUAUACGACAAAAGAUACAUAUUUUAAAAAGGAAAGAGUUUUUCUUUUUUUAGUUAUCUACAAACUUUUUAAUUUAGAUAAUUUUAAUUUACUUAAUAUUUUAAGUUAUAAGUCAUAUUAAAAUUUAGGAGCUCUAAAACUUUUUCCAAUUUUCAAGGUGAUUAUAUCACCAUGAAAAAAAUGUAAAAGUUAAUUAUUACUUCUAUCAAAAUUUUGUCGUUAAUGAUGUAUUUUGGUAGGAAAAAAGAAUGAAGUAAAUAAAGAGAAAAUACAUUGAAUACAAUAUUUUACUGUGGUUUAAAAAAAAAAAAAAAACAGCCGAAAUAAUCUUUGGAUUCACUGGUAUGAUUACUUAGAUCCUAAAAUCCUUUACACUUUAGAUGGUUGUUCAAAAAGAAAAAUAAUCACAUGAAAUCAGUGAAAACCUACAAAGUACAUUCUAAUUUUUAACCAUAAAUACAGAAUGUAAAAAUUGAUGCCAGUUAUAUUUGGAAAUGUCAAAAUACUUAUUUAGCAACUAGGAAUGUGAAUGUAUUUUUUUGAUGUUAAUUUUUCAUAUCUUUGGGGAUUUUGGAGCCAUAUUUUAUUGAUAAAAACUCAUCACCAGAACACUUUAAAAUAAUAUUUAUUUUCCAGGCCACAAAUAUUGUAUUUCAUUUCUAUCAGUAAUCAGAUUUAUUAAAGACAGCAUUAUAUUACCAUAUCCA